CAGGAAGGGGAGGAGUCAGUGUUAGUGGGCGUGGCGUGGGGGGGGGUAGUAGUAAAGCAAUGGCGGCUAUCAGCGCGUUCCCUCUGCCCCUGAGGGAGCUUCCCUCACUUCGAUUUUCCCGCCUCUGAGACUUUCACCUCGGGCGAGCUGCAGAUUCGUCCCCCUGAGGCGAAGUCGAUGUCAGCCGACGCCACGGACCCCGAAUCGGCGGCAGCUUCUGCCGCGAACUCUGCUGCCCGGAGUUCUGCCGCUACGGCCGUCCACGGCUCCCGUCUCGCCUUCGUCACGUGCGCGAGUCCGCUGAGUUUGCCCGCUGCCGACGACUACGUGAAGAUCAACGUGGGCGGCUGCCUCUUCCACGCCGCCUUGCGUACGGUGACACGGAGAGACGGCCUGCUGAGGGCCAUGUUCAGCGGGCACUUGGAGGUGUUUACAGACAGCGAAGGCUGGAUCCUCAUAGACCGCUGUGGCAAGCACUUUGGCACGCUGCUGAGCUACCUGAGGGAUGGGUCGGUGGCGCUCCCACACAGCCGCAGGGCCCUGCAGGAGAUCCUCACGGAGGCCCGCCACUACCUGCUGCAGGGCCUGGUGGAGGAGAGCCAGUUGGCACUGCAGCAGACCAAGCAUCAUUAUGAGCCAAUCUGCAAGAUUCCGGUCAUCACCUCCUCUAAAGAGGAGCAGCAGCUCAUCACAGCCUCGCAGAAGCCGGUGGUGAAGCUGCUGUAUAAUCGCAGUAACAACAAAUACUCCUACACCAGCAUGUCGGACGACAACACCCUCAAGAACAUCGAGCUCUUUGACAAGCUGUCUCUGCGAUUCAACGGCCGCGUGCUCUUCAUCAAGGACGUGAUCGGCGACGAGAUCUGCUGCUGGUCCUUCUACGGCCUGGGGCGCAAGAUAGCGGAGGUGUGCUGCACCUCCAUCGUCUACACCACCGAGAAGAAGCAGACCAAGGUGGAGUUCCCGGAGGCCCGCAUCUACGAGGAGACCCUCAACAUCCUGCUGUACGAGGCCCGCGAUGGCCGACACGGCCCAGACAACGCCCUGCUGGAGGCCACGGGCGGUGCGGCCGGGCGGCCCAACGCCGACGCCGCCGCCCCCGACGACGACGAAGAGCAGCAGCAGCAGCAGCAGCAGCUGGAGGUGGAGCAGCAGC